AUGGUGGGGCGAAACUUUGGCCGUCCAGCACGCGGACACUUCGACUUGGGUCGCAACAACCAUGUUAUUGCACUGAUGCUGAUGCUUUUGCGUCAAGUGCAGCAGCUGGAGCGAAAACCGCCCGUCACACUUGGGCUGAUGGCUCUGAUGUGCGGCCUUUACUAUCAACAGAACAUCACACCCGAGCUCUUUCAUCCCUACGCGCUCUGUCCCGAUCGAGUUCUCGAUCGAUUUGAGCUCAUGCGGAUCGUUGCCUCGGGUCUCAUCCACGCGGAUGAGUGGCACCUGUACCACAACAUGAUAUCGUUUCUUUGGAAAGGAUACAAUCUUGAGUACAAGCUGGGGAGUGUGCAGUUCCUGCUUAUCGUUGGAUUCUUGCUUGCUCUGAGUCACACUCUUGUGAUCGCAGUUGCACUUAUUCUAGCUACGUGCUUCCAGAUGCCGGGCCCUUUGCACCAGUGCAGUGUUGGCUUUUCGAGUGUUCUUUUUGCGUUGAAGGUCAUCUUGAACCACGAUUCUCCAGCAUUCUCGACCAUUUACGGGUUUUGUGUGCCCACGAAAUACGCGGCGUGGCUGGAACUGGUGGCAAUUUACCUUCUCGUACCGCAAAGUUCGUUCAUGGGCCACAUGUGUGGCAUUCUAGCUGGAUAUAUCUGCGUACGCUUCCUAUCGAUGCGAUCGACUAUGAUUGUCGGAGUCCGCUGGAUCAGCCGAUGUCUACAGGAGCUAAAGAAGCUGGUUACCAACCGACGAAACACAGGCACACGAAGAAGUACACCGCAACAUGCUCCACGCAGACCGUCUGCCCCCUCGUAUGAGACAGACGAAGAACUGGCACGGCGUCUUCAAGAAGAAGAAUACCGGUCACAUGACGGUCCACGACCGCAACCAGAACAACGUGAGCCCUACCACAUCACUCCGAGCGAGCUUCGACGACGGCGUUUGGCUCGGUUCACGAACGGUCGAAGGUGA